CCUCUCCGCCUGAAACGCAGAAAGAACAGGUCGUUUUGCAUAAGCUGAGAGAGUUAAGAUAUGUUCACCUGCUUCUAGAGCGUCGAUGGCACUGCUCGCCGCACAAUGUUGUAAUAGGAAUGAUACUCGCUUAGUUCAGAGAUACGGGAGCAGGCUCAAGUUUUGAUGGCUUGGAUUACGAAGGAGGUGUAUAAAAGACGCAUCCCAUUCAACAGUUAAGCAUUGUAACGUGUCCUCCUCUGAAGAGAACACUUUUUGGCGAAACCAUACUUUAGAAACGAAGGAGAAUUGUGGAAAACCCCAAUUUUUGUUCCCGCUCACUUUACUGAAUCGUCGACCUUAAUCCGUAAUUGCGAUUCAAUCCUUCCUCAAAGACCACAGCUAGUGUGUGCGAUCAUACGUGCUUGUUACAUCUGUUUGGCAUAUUAUAAUUUUAGACUGCAAUUGGACGUUGUUCUGUUUGACUCGAAAAACCGAGAAGUUAUUCCUCCCUUAAUCUUCUUCAUUCGUUCGUUUUUGAUAUCUAUUUGUCCUUAGUAUCUUUUUCUGGAAACACCAGUUUGAAGUUUGACACAUCCCUGUUUGUACGAUACAGGCUGUUAUCUCUACUGGUACCACAUAACAUUUUCUACUCUCUUUCAUACUCUUUUUCAUUUCAAGAUGAGUUCAAGCGCUACAGAAGUCUACUCUCAAAAAAAGGACACGAGCAGUGGAGCCCAGAGCAUUUCUGUCGCUGCACUGGAAGCGCCCGUGCCAUAUGACGAGCCCGACAAUGCAGAGGACUUGGCCAAGCUGGGCUACAAGCAAUCCUUCAAGCGACAACUUUCGUUGUUCGGCGUCUUCAGCGUCUCUUUUUCCGUGCUUGGUUUGCUUCCAUCCGUGGCCGCAACGUUGAGUUUCACCAUGGGCGUUGUCGGUACCCCCGGUAUGGUCUGGGGUUGGCUUGUCGCAAUGAUCUUUGUCGAGUGUGUCGCUGCAAGCAUGGCAGAGCUGUGUUCCAGUAUGCCUACUUCCGGUGGUCUGUACUAUUCGGCUGCUAUGCUUGCUCCUAAAGGUUGGGGCCCCCUGGCUUCUUGGGUGACAGGUUGGUCUAACUACAUUGGACAGCUUAUUGGUUUCCCGAGUUGUGUUUACAGUUUGUCUUCCAUGAUUCUUAACGCUGUUGCCAUCCAAAGACCCUCGUACACCGUUGAGAACUAUCAGAUCUUUUUGCUGUCUCUUGGCUUUGUGGUUAUCUUCUGCAUUAUGGCAUCUUUGCCAACAAAGAUUGUCGGACGCAUCAAUUCCGUUGGUACCUUUUUGAACACCCUUUUCCUUUUUAUCUCAAUGAUUGUCAUUCUUGCAAGCGGUGGUCAUAGAAACGGCUUCAACAAGAGUUCGGAUGUAUGGGGAAAGUUCAACAACACGACUUCCUGGCCCAACGGAUUCGCUGUUCUUAUGUCCUUCUGUGGUGUCAUCUGGACUAUGAUGGGUUAUGACACUCCAUUCCACUUGAGUGAGGAAUGUGCAAACGCUAGCGUGAAUGCACCCAAUGGUAUUAUUCUCACCUCCACUGUGGGUGGUCUCGUCGGUUGGUUGUUCCAAUUGAUCAUUGCCUAUACCAUUGUGGACUUGAACGCUGUCGUAAGUUCGGAUAACCUUUGGGACACUUUCCUCAACCAAGUAUUGAGUAAAAAUGCUGCUAUGGCAAUCAUCAGCCUUACCAUUGUUUCCAACUUCAUUAUGUCUCAGGGUGUUCUUGUCGCUUCUUCCCGUAUCGCCUAUUCGUACGCUCGUGAUGAGGUGUUACCUUUCUCUAACUAUAUGGCGAUGGUGCAUCCGAAGACAAAGACACCCAUCGUCGCUGUUGUUGUCAACUCAGUCAUCGGAUUGUGUGUGAUUUUCCUUGUAUUCGCUGGUCCGGUUACUAUCAAUGCUGUUUUCUCUGUGUCGGCAACUGCUGCCUUUGUUGCGUUUACUACUCCCGUGUGUAUGCGAACUUUCUUCGUGAAAGAUGAGGACUUCCCGGCUGGUCCUUGGAAUUUAGGCAAGUUCUCUCGUCCUAUCGGAUUCGUUGCUGUCUGCUUUGUCUUGGUGAUGAUUCCUGUCUUGUGUUUCCCCACGAAGUCCAACCCAACUGCCUCGGAAAUGAACUGGACCUGCUUGGUGUAUGGCGUUCCUAUGGGAGCAACUCUCAUUUGGUAUGCAGUAUCUGCACGCAAAUGGUUCAAGGGACCCAAGGUUUCUCUCGACUCCACUGGUCCAUUGAACAUGAGUAUCGAGGGAGUGGAAAUGCCGCAGGAAUCUCCAAUCAGCAAAAAGAUGGCAAACGAGUCUGAAAAGGCUUACUAGUUUUUGUUACGAUUGAAUAUGUAAGUUUUGGUGAUGUGUAUCGUGAUUGCAACGCAAUUAUGCGAUACAUUCAUGUCUCAUUUCCUUUACGUUUAUUUAUUACGGUGUUUUGACUUGCAUGUCCAAGUAAGAAACUUAACGCCGAAGUGUCUCAUCUUGAUGCAGACGCGUCUCCUUGAGCUUGUGUUUUGUUUUGUUACAGAUUUUGUUAGAUGAGUUAAGUCCCAAUUUGAUUUUUCUCAGAGAGGAGCUCGUUCGCGAUUCUAUACCAAUUAAUAGCUGCAGCAGGUACUGAUUUCUUCUUAUUUUUGAACCAUUUCCUGGACCGUUAAUCUUUCUUACUGUUAAUGUUUGUAUUAAUUACAGUUUAAU